AUGAGAAGAGAAGGACACAGUAAAGGCGACUGCAUGAAGAAGUUAGCACAGUCCGAGUCUGCAGUUACUAUGAGAGGCUAUGUCUUGCUCAAACCAGAAGGCUGUGGUGACACAGUGAGCGUGCACUCAUCCGUUAUACGCCGUUUUACAGAGGAAAUCUUUCAGAAGGACCAGAAAAUUGAUCUGUUCAGGCGGAGUGGCUUCAGUCUGUAUCCUUCCAGGAGCUCCUCAGGUGUUUCACUGAAGGGGAACGGAAGCUUCCGGAGUCAGGGUGCCCUGCUUUUCAUCAGGAGAGCCCGAAGCCUCAAACUGGACUUUUUUGAAAACGCACUAGAGUGUCAUGGCCAUGUCUUACACUGGCCGUACACACUGGGCUUCGCCCUGCCCCUUCUGUUGGCUCUCCACUGUAUCGACUUAUCCUUGACCUUGGCCUUGCCUAACCCCCCGGGAGCCAGUUUGUGGAUCAGACCCUGCCUAUUUAUCGACCACAGGAUUACGUGGGGGGGGGGAGCUGAAGAACGGUUUGAUCUGAAGGACUCUCCUGCGGAGCUGACGCUCAGACGCGCUUACGGUUUCUCUUUGCUCAGUCCCCACAUUAACAUUAUGGACGCCGCCGGCGACUCUGCCGUACACAGCGCUAACGCCAGCGCCGGGGGGGGGUGGGACCAGAUGCCGUGGGUGAACUCCAGUUUGUGCCCCCCCUCGGUGAGCGGCACGACCUUCCUGAUCGUGGCCUACAGCGCCGUGAUCGCCGUGGGCUUGCUGGGUAACGCCUCCCUGGUCUUCAUCAUUUCCAGACAGAAGGAGAUGCGGAACGUGACCAAUAUCCUCAUCGCCAACCUGUCCUGUUCAGACAUCCUCAUGUGUGUGGUGUGUCUACCCGUCACAGUCAUCUACACGCUCAUGGACCGCUGGAUCCUGGGUGAAGCCCUGUGUAAGGUCACUCCCUUUGUGCAGUGCAUGUCUGUCACAGUCUCCAUCUUCUCCCUGGUUCUCAUCGCUCUGGAACGACAUCAGCUCAUCAUCCACCCCACGGGCUGGACGCCUGCCGCCGGUCACUCCUACCUGGCCGUGGCCGUCACCUGGAUAGUGGCCUGUUUCAUCUCUCUGCCUUUCCUCUCCUUCAACGUCCUCACCAACGCGCCCUUCCAGAACCUCAGCCUUCCCUUCAACCCCUUCAGCGACCACGUCAUCUGCAUGGAGUUCUGGCCCUCGGAGAAAAACCGUUUGGCCUACACGACCUCACUGCUGCUCUUCCAGUACUGUCUGCCCCUUUUGCUCAUUCUUCUCUGCUACCUGCGCAUCUUCUUGCGUCUGCGCAGGCGCAAGGACAUGGUGGAUCAAGCCAGUGAAGCCCGGCAGAGGAAAGCCAGAGGAGCGCAGCGGAUCAACGCCAUGCUGGUGACCAUCGUGGUUGCCUUCACCCUCUGUUGGCUGCCGCUCAACGUCUUCAACACCAUCUUUGACUGGCACCACCAGGCCCUGCCCUCUUGCCAGCACGACGUCAUCUUCUCCGCCUGCCACCUCACAGCCAUGGCCUCCACCUGCGUCAACCCGGUGGUGUACGGCUUCCUCAACAGCAACUUUCAGAGGGAGCUGAAGGCCAGUCUGCAGCACUGCCGCUGCUGCUGGGUGACGACCGAGAGUUAUGAGAGCUUCCCCCUCUCCACGGUGGGAACCGACGUCACCAGGGUGAUAAACACGCACCGAGGCUCUCUCAUCAGGGCAGAGCAGUGCCUUCACAGCUGA